AACCACUUGAUGUCCACUUCCUCAAUCAUUUACUAAUCAGACUGUCCCUUGAUGACAGACAGACAGACAGACAGACAGACUGUUGCUUCUGCUCUGAUCAUAGACAUGAAGGCAUUUCUGCUGACACUGACAGUGCUGCUGGCUGUCAUAAGAGUAAACAACGGAAAGCUCACAGUGUUACAACUCCCGAGGUAUCCUUUAGUUUAUGUUGGAGAUGACAUCACUCUGAACUGUAAGGGUGCUGGUGAAAAAACAACAUGGAAAUUCAAUGAUGUAGAGCUAUCAAAUAAGAAUUCCUUAUUGGGUCUAAUGAUGGUAACACCAAAAAACAAUGGGGAUUACACAUGUGAAAAGAACGGAGAGAAGAGCGAAGCAUUAACACUCACAGUACUGGUGUUGGAGCCGCACGCCCAGUUAUCUCUGCCCAUAGGUGGCGCUGUGAUCACUAAAGGUGAAGCGAGGAUCUUGACACUGCAGGUGGAUGAGGAUCUGGACAAGUGGAAGUGUUUUGCAUUCAGGAAUAAUGUUGGCUACAAGCUUGAAGUGACUAAAAAGAAUACGAACAUGGGCACUGUGUAUGCAGAAUUACAAGAUACAGAAAGAGCAACAUUCUGGUGCAUGAAGAGUCAAACCAAACACAGGAGCAAUGCACUUACACUGAAGAUGACAGAGCGCUUGGUGAUGUUGGAACCUCCGGUCGCACCUGUGUUGAAGGAAGAAACCAUUACUCUCAGGUGUGCUGUGUGGGGCGGAGGCAAAGUGAUACAUGCCGAUUUCUAUAAGGAUAACAAAACAAUCGACGGAGUAAAGAGUGAUGUGUAUAAAAUCACCAAUGCUACAGAAUUAAAUAAUGGCCAAUACAAAUGUACUGCCACCUACAAAUACAGUCACAUUUCUUCAGCGGCAGCCACUCAAACACUUGACUCUGAUCCACAAGAAUUAAAAGUUAUAGGUGGACCUCCAGUUGCAGUGUUAGUUAAAAUAAAUCAAAGAAAGUUGCAGUGUUCCUGUCCACUGUGUGGAUCAGUCUGCAGGACAUACGAAUGGUAUCACACUGAUAUCUCAGGUACACGCACAAAACUACCAAAGACCGAUCAGGACUUUCAUCUUACAGACGAGGGAUCAUACAUCUGUCGAGCAGCCUGUCAGAAUGGAUUUUCACGAUUCAGCACUACUCAUGUUUACCAAAUAUCAUCAGAUGGAGAAGGAACAUUGUGGGUCAUUUUGGCAGCAAUUAUUAUUUUUCUCGGGGUGGUGAUCAUUAUACUGGUGGCAUUGAAAUGGAGGCACCGUAGAGGAGUGCAGUCACUGGGACGGGGCAAAGAUGACAAGAUGAAAGACAAAUCAGGUGCAGACUAUGAACAAUUAGCUCUUACCGACAAAGCCGUUUACCACACGCUGGGGGAAGCCAAAGACCAGGUGAAGGAGGAGGGUGAGGGAGGAUACGAAGCACUGAAGAAGACCGAGGAUAAAGGCGUCUACCACACGCUGAAGGCUGGUGAGGGGACGGGCGAGGGAGGUUAUGAAGCACUGAAGAAGACUGAGGAUAAAGGCGUCUACCACACACUGAAGGCCGGUGAGGGAUCAGGUGAGGAAUCGAGUCAGGCUCAGGGUCAGGGGGGUUAUGAGGCUCUUAAGAACGUAAAAGCCCAGGUGUACCAAACUCUGAGUUCAGAUGGGUCAGGAAAACCUAAAGAGGAAGCAGAGGGAGGAUACGAACAGCUGCCACAGAAAAUCGGAGAUCCCCAAGAUGUAAAGGGGGAUGAAAAUCCAUAUGAAGAACUGAAGGCAGCAAAGGUGGAGAAGAAAGAGUCGACUUUAGAGAAAGAGUGAAAAGCUAAACGGUCAACAUGAAACUUACAUUUACCCUCUUUACCUUCCGUAUACUCACAUUUCUGGUCUUAAAAGGAAAAAUGUUGUCUUCAUAAUAUUUCAUCAAAAUGUAAUGAAACCAUUUUCCUUCUCACCUGCCUUUAACUAAGUUACAUAGGUAAUGUUAAAUAAUAGUUAAGUUAUUAUUUAAGGCUAGUGGUUUAGGAAAUGUCACCUUGCUAAAUUAUUACCAGAAGGAAAUGCAUUAAUUUGACACUUUAGUUAUAUUAGGUUAUGUCAAAUAAUAACAAAUAACUAAUAGUAAAUAAUUUUUCCAUUAGGAUACAUAAAGCUUGUGUAAAUCACCCACAAUCCACUGCAAUCUAUCAUUCAGCAAUGAAAAUAUUUAAUCCAUCCAAAUCCUAGAUGCAUAACAUCAGGUACUAUCCUAAAUUAUUUAUUACCCUCACUAAAAGCGUUGUCCCAGAAUCCACCCAUCUCUGUGUUAUUAUUGAAACACAUUUUUUGUUACUUUUAACACAAAAUUACAUUACACAUAAUGUUUUAAAAUCACACAUAAUGUGUUGAAAGCUUAAUACAAAAGGAUGUGUAAAAAAUUAAGAGUUUUAAUUAAUUUAAGAGUGCUGUUUCAAUAAGAAAUGUCACAUGAAGGAAGUUAAAUGGGUCUGAAUUAAGUUUCAUGUUGACUUUGAUUAAAAAACAAAAAUCAAUGUUGGAUGAAGAGAAUGCAGAAAGUCUUGAAAGUUAAACAAACCUGUUUGUAUGAAAACAGUUAGAUUGCCAGUUUCUUGAUGAGGCAGAAAUGGCAAUUGUGCACCUUUAAAAAACUACACACACACACACACACACACACACACAUGCAUGCACAAACAAACGCACUAACACAGAAGCACACAAAAUGUAUGCACGGACAAAUUCAAGCACAAAUGCACACACACAACGAACACAAAUGCACACACACGCGCGCGCGCGCACACACACAAAUGCACACACUCAAACGUGCGCGCGCACACACACAGAAACGCACGCACCCAAACGCACGUACACACACAAAAAUGCAUACACACGCAAACACACAUAAGCGCGCACACACACAAAGUGUUAGAUUCAGGCAUUCACAAAGCAUUUAAAAUGAUUUGUCUGUAGUUACAAGAAUUCAGAUGUAUUAUUAACAGUGAAAAUGGAGAAAUGAAAAUAAAGUUGUGUACACUAAAACUGGAGGAUUACAUUUCCAGAUAUAGAAAUUUGAAGGUUAUUAACAUUGCGCAUAUGAGCAUUCAAAUACACAAUAACAGUUAAACACAUUUGGAAAAAAUAUGUACACACACAAACAGCAAAAUAAUAAUAACAAAUAUGCACGAAGUUAUUUAGCUUUAAGUUUAUUACGCUAUAAAAUGACCAGCAAUCUGACUGCUGGUCAACAACAGCAUUUAUACUUUUACUAAAGACUGAGGUUAAACUUUGAAAGAUAAGUAUAAUCUCUCAGCUUCAGGUAUCUUCUCAUGAAUGUAUUUCUUUGCACUAUUUUUAUUUGCACUAUUCCUUUAUUUUACCAUAUUACUAUAUUGUGUGACUUUUAACUUAAAUUCUGUUCUAGAAUUGUGUGAGACACAGUAUUUUAUGUAUGUUGAUAACCCUUAAUAAUUUUAUCAAAAUAUGCACAGCUGUUUUAUUCAAUAUUUGUAGUGCAAUGCAACGCUGUAGUUCUGACGUUAUCCAUAAGAUGGAGACAAACUAACAAAAACUAAAAUGUUGUCUUGUUGAUGCUCGCAUUUACCACAAGAGGUCACUGCAGCAUUGAUGUGGUGUAAUGGAGAUUGAUGGGUUCAACUUUGUAAAAUUUUCUACUUGUUUACUCGAGCAAUAAUCUAUAGCGUGUGAAAUAUAAAAUAAAUUGAUUUUGGUUA